AAAACCAGACAUGAACCCAAACCCUGACAUUCUCGUUGUUUGUUGUUGUGAUCGUGCCUCCAGGCAUUUUGUAGUCGACUUUGAAUAAAGUUUAGUUUUGAAUAAAUCUGCGUUUGAGUCCUCCUGCCUCUUGUUCCUGGACAUUCCUGGGAAAAUGUGAUAAUUUGAUAACAUAAUUGUGUAGAUGUUGAAUUUUUCAAAAGUAAUUUCCAGAAGAAGAAAAACAAUCCUCUGACAUUCAGGCCAACACACGUCGAACAAAAGCCUUUAGUCAGAACUCAGGAUCUUAUUCUUUUAUCUUCUGCAUUGGACAGAAUGCACUACAGCGACGGCCAGCUCCUUAUUUCCUUGUGACCUUCUAGGAAGGUUCCUGGCGGCUCCUCCUCAUUCCUGAUGAAGUCUCAGUGGUCGUAAACAGUCGAUGUUGUUUCACUGUUUAUACUUAUAUGGUUAUGAAUUACAGAUGCUGCCAUCAUGUCCUCCUGGCUCUCCAUCUUCAUCUGACACUCACACUGCAGUAGGCCUCAUAUGUCCACGUCAUCUGAAGGUCGCUGAUCCGACUCCUCCUGCCUGAAUCCUCCAUGCUGCCUCGCCGCUCAUGGUCGCUACGCCCAGAAGCUGAUGAGCGACUUGUUCACCAACUACACCAGUGCUCUGCGGCCGGUGGAGGACACGGACCACAUCAUCAACGUGACGCUGCAGAUCACGCUCUCCCAGAUCAUCGACAUGGAUGAGCGGAACCAGAUCCUGACCACGUACCUGUGGAUCCGCCAGGUGUGGAUGGACGCCUACCUCACUUGGAAGAAGGAGGACUACGACGGACUGGACACCAUCCGCAUACCCAGCAGCUACGUUUGGAGACCGGACAUCGUGCUGUACAACAGUGCUGACGACGAGUUCUCUAGCUCCAUGGAGACCAACGUGGUUCUCCGCAACGACGGCCAGGUCAUGUGGGACCAGCCGGCCAUCACCAAGAGCUCCUGCUCCGUGGACGUGGCCUUCUUCCCCUUCGACCUGCAGCAGUGCCACUUGACCUUCGGCUCCUGGACUCACAACGGGAACCAGAUGGACUUGUUCAACGCUUUGGACAGCGCCGACUUGGCCGAUUUCGUCCCCAACGUGGAGUGGGAGGUUCUGGGAAUGCCAGCGAAGAAGAACGUCAUCCUGUACGGCUGCUGCUCGGAUCCAUACCCAGACAUCACCUUCAGCCUCCAUCUGAAGAGACGGGCCUCCUUCUAUAUCUUCAACCUCCUAAUCCCCUGCAUGAUGAUUUCCUUCCUGGCUCCGCUGGGUUUCUACCUGCCGGCAGACUCCGGCGAGAAGGUUUCCCUCGGCGUCACGGUGCUCCUGGCCCUCACCGUGUUCCAGCUGUUGGUGGCUGAGAGCAUGCCGCCCUCCGAGAGCGUGCCGCUGAUCGGGAAGUACUACAUCGCAACCAUGACGAUGGUCACGGCGUCCACCGCGCUCACCAUCUUCAUCAUGAACAUCCACCACUGCGGCCCGGAGGCUCGGCCGGUGCCCUCUUGGGCCGAGCGCUUCAUCCUCAACUACCUGGCUCGCGUCUGCUUCGUUUACGAGGCCGGAGAGAACUGCCUGGGUGCCGCCGCCAAGCAGCGGCCUCCUCCUCCCCAACCGGACGCCAAGCGGCGGAGCUGGGACGUGAACGGGCAGGUGUGGGCGGGGAGGCUGGUGGAGGAGGAAGGAGAUGGAGAGUCAGCGAAGCUCAGGCGGGAUCUGACCACCCAGACGGACUGGAAGGAGGACAUGUUUGUGACCGUCGACGACUCAGAGCAGGAAGGAGCCGCUGGAGGAGGAGGUGAGAAGAAAGGCCUGGGAGGAGAGGUGGGAGGUCCCGGUGAGGAGGUCCCGGUGAGGACGCCGUGUCAGCACCUGGGGCUGUGCAGGAACGUGGAGUACAUUGCCAACUCGUACCAGGACCAGCGGGCCGGCCAGCUGAGGGUCGGCGAGUGGAGGAAGGUCGCCAAGGUCAUGGAUCGCUUCUUCAUGUGGCUCUUCUUCGUCAUGGUCUUCUUCAUGAGCAUCCUCAUCCUGGGAAAAGCUAUUUGAAGGAGGUCCGGCCGAGAGAAGGUCGUGGGUAAAAAGGUCGUUUGAGGCUUUCUUUUUUUUGUCGUGAAUGAAGAAGAAGUUUUGAUCUUUUAACCGUUUCCUUGUGCUGUUUUAUCUUCAUGUGAUGAUUUCCAGCGUUUCCUCAGCGUUAUGAAGCUGUUCAUGACGUCCCUCUGACAUUUGAUCGUGUGGUCAGAUAGAAGUAAAAUGAUGUAAUUAGAAAACAAAAGAACAGUUUGUUACCAAGACCAAGAAAAAUAAGGGACCCUAAAUGGUUCUCCAAAAGGAAGUGAGGUUCCACUCAGAACCCUUCGAUCCUUUGCUGGCAUAAACAUGUACUUCCUUCUGUGCCGUCUUCCUACAGAUGAACAUCAGAAUAACUCAUGACGGCGUAUUCACACAACACGGUAGCAUUGAGAGUGAAGCUGUGCAGCAGACACAUGAAGACGGGCUGCUGGUCAUCAACGCACGAUGCAUAUAUUCAAAUAAUGUAAUAACUCACUGACAAGAGCAAACUCACAAGAACCCGUCACAUUUAUUUACAACAGAACCAUAAAGUCCCCGAGAGCACGAGCCAUUCCAAUGUAAUUUAACCAGAAGGAACGUGUGCGCUGUUCAAUAAAACAACACAACACACGCUACUGCAGAUUUAUGACACUAAAGCUUAUUAAAGUUCAUCCUGAAUACUGAGAUGUGAAGUUGUUCAAUGAGAAAACCGGCUAAUGGGAACAAUUAUUACAAUACACAAAGUGUAUUUACCAAAAAAACUAAGGAUGAUAAAAGAGCUGAAACCUUGUGAUUUUGUUCAGUCCAGCAGAGAAGAUCUCUGGGGAUGAAGUCAAUAUUUUAUAAGUUUAAUGUUUAAAAUGAAAGUUCUCCAUCUUUCCUCAAAUCAACAUUGAGCUGCUGGUUUAAAGUUGAAUUAAAUGUUAAACCUAAAUCUGUUUGUGAUGAUCAAAACUGAAAGAAAUGUGUUUGCUUACAAGAAUGAACGCACACACAACUCUUACUAUCUACACAACACUUUUUAACAGUAAAAUGCAUACGUAGUGAAAAUGGGAUUCCAUUUUCUUCUCUAUUCCUUUAAUGCAACUCUUCCAAAUACGAUUUGGGAAUUUAUUUCAACAAAAACAAUGAAUGAAGGCGAAAUUUCAAACUUGUGUUGCCUUGCGGGAAGAUUUAUGAUCACAAAUGUUACAUAACUUUAGUCACAAUUAUGUAAUAUCCAGAUUUAUGUUUUUUUUAAAGUGAGAAAAUAAAUUGAAUUAAACUUUUCACGCCUGUUUCCAAAAUAAAAAAGGAUUCUCGAGUCACUUUUUGCAGUGUUCUUAAUCUUGUAAUGUCAUUUUUCACUGUAAGUAUUUGUUAUAUAUCCUGUUUGUGUGCUUAUGAAGACAUAUUUACACAUUGUUGACUCCAUAAAAUACAUUAAAAACUUUUAAACAUC